AGCUUCAAAUAAAUAAAUACAGGCGAGUCAGCCAUCAUCGGAAGAAGCAGAUGUCAGUAAUGGAGGAAUCAAACCCCAAGUCCACCUUAUCGCCACCUAAUUCCUACACUUCCGUCGUUCUUGGAGGUACUUUUGAUCGUUUACAUGAAGGUCACCGACUUUUUCUUAAGUCGGCUGCUGAAUUGGCGAAGAAUCGAAUUGUUGUUGGUGUUUGCGAUGGUCCAAUGUUGACUAAGAAACAGUAUGCUGAUCUGAUAGAGCCAAUUGAGCUGAGAAUGAAACAUGUUGAAGAUUACAUCAAGUCUAUAAAACCUGAGCUGAUAGUGGAAGUAGAACCAAUAGUGGAUCCCUAUGGUCCGUCAAUCGUCGAUGAGAAUUUGGAGGCCAUUGUUGUCAGCAAGGAGACAUUGCCUGGUGGACUGUCUGUCAAUAGGAAGAGGGCUGAAAAAGGACUCUCGCAGCUAAAGAUCGAAGUUGUAGAUCUUGUUUCUGAAGAAUCAAGUGGAGACAAACUGAGUUCUACUGCUUUGAGAAAACUUGAAGCUGAAAAGCUCAGGGACCAAAAACUUGAAGCUGAGAAGCACAGGGACCGAAAACUUGAAGCUGAGAAGCUCAGGGACCAAAAACUUGAAGCUGAGAAGCUCAGGGACCAUAAUCCCGAAAGUCAGAUUUAAAACUUAAUUAUUGUCUAUACUCGUUCAAAGGAGUUUCACUUUGUUUUAUUUCAAUUUGCUUUGUUAGGAUUCACAAGGAGACACUGUAGUCAUCAUAGAUGUGAAAUUGUCUUGUAAAACAAUAAUCUCUUGAGAAUCAUACUGGAGUUGUUUUCACAGUUACUUGUAAAUCUAUAAAAUGUGUUUAAUUGAUCCA